GGUAAUGAAAAGUUGAUGACAACACAUCAAAAUCUGAUUGGACAUUGAAACAAAAACAAAGCCCUCACUGCUACGUAAACUAGAAACAGUUUAUAACUUCUUCUCCAUCACCACACAGAAACCCCAUUUCGUCUUCUCAUUUUUCCUUCCCCCGAUCGCAAAUUGGCCGAAUUUAAGCUUCAUUUUCUUCACGGCGAUGACGGCGAUGGAGAGCAGAUGCUCGGAUUACUCCGCCGUGGACGAUGCCCAGAGCCCGCGGACGUUCUCGGAGGUCAGCGGCGGCGGCGGCGGUAAGGGUUUCAUGCUGUUCGGCGUGAGAGUUAUGAUGGAAGGAUCGUUUAGGAAGAGUGCUAGUAUGAACAAUUUGGCUCUGUACGAUCAGCAGCCACAGGAUUCCACCAACGAUGCCGCCGCCGGGUAUGCUUCCGACGACGUCGUUCACCCCUCCGGCAGAAACCGCGAGCGGAAAAGAGGGGUGCCAUGGAGUGAAGAGGAACACAGGCUUUUCCUGCUGGGUCUGCAAAACGUUGGGAAAGGAGAUUGGAGAGGAAUUUCAAGGAACUAUGUCAAAACAAGAACACCUACUCAAGUUGCUAGCCAUGCUCAGAAGUACUUCCUCCGCCGGAACAACCACAACAGGCGGCGCCGGAGAUCCAGUCUUUUCGACAUAACUACCGACGCAGUUGUCGGUUCUGCAAUUCAAGAUCAAGAAAAGUUACCUCAGCCUCUUAUAAUAACACAACAACAACAACAACAACAACAAGACAACCUUAGCCAAAAUCUCGAAAGCUUCCCCGUUUCUGUUUUUCCUAUGGCUAUCACACCUUUAGUAAUACCGAUCGCUAACGAAAAAAAUCCGAUCGAAAAAAAUCUGACACUUGGACAGUUGAAUCAGCUGAGCAAUUCACCAAAGCCCAUCAGGCCAAUUCCUAUUUUACCAGUCCCUCCAUCUACCAAAAUGGCCAACCUGAACCUAAACAACACGACCACAACCACCUUCGAGCAGCCGCCUCCAUCUCUGUCGCUCAAUUUGUCGAUAUCUUCACAUCAAUCGCCACCGUCCAAUCAGCAGCAGCAGCAGCCGCCACCUGGACGGCACGUGUCGGCAUUCCAAGCAAUGCCAGCUGCUUCCUCAAGCUUUAAUGGGAGUGGUGGGGAUAGCAUCAUUAGUGUUGCUUGAUGGGAAGUUGUUAAUUAUAUGAUAAAAUGUUUAUAGUGAUCUUUGUGGUGUAAAGUUGGGUAAUAUGUUGUUACUACUUUUCAGUAAUGUGUUCUUAUUUCAAGAUGGAUUUAGUUAGAUUGGAUUAGAUUAUUUAAUUUGGAGGAUAGUUGAUGAUUGUAUUAUUAUUAUUAUUGUACAGUGUAAGGAGAUCUGUGGAAGUGGUUGUCGUUUUCACUAAGUUUGUUCUCGUGUGGGAUCUCUGUGUUGUUUCUUUCUUUGUCUGUAGCUAAAUAAAUAAUUGUCAUGUGGGA